GUGGCUUGCCCUCUCCUUCUUUCUCAGUAUAAAGGGGAAAAAAAAAUUACCUGUUACACCCCUUUCCUUUUUUUAACCUCUUUUUCUCUCUUCUUUUUUUAUUUUAGUUAUGCAUAUAGCCAUGCCUCAUCAUCAUUCCUUUCAACAAUCGUUUUGGUCUCCUACAGCGUCAGUGGAUGCAGUUCCUAAUUUCAACACAGGGUUUUCCGUGUUGCACGGUAAAUUACGCCAAAGUGCCAAAGAAAACCGAGCGAUCAUAGAGUAUAUUCGACACCGAAUAUCUGCAGAAAAACUACAUGCCAAACAACUCUCCACGCUUGUUCCGGGUAACAACCCAUUUGAUGCAGAUAUGGGUGGUGCCCUGAAACGAUGUUUUGAAGUUGUCUAUUCCGAAAGUAUCGAAUCUACCAAGGAACAUGAAAUUCGUGCCACCAAUUUACACACCACAGCAUUGGAUCCUCUUUUACAGUUUAGUUUACGCUACGAUCGUAUCAUUGCCACUGCUAAACAAACCGUCGAUGCGCAAUUGGGUCACUUUGAAACCCUGUGUAGACACAUGGAGCUGGCCAAGUUGAAUUAUACCGCCAAAUGCAAAGCGCUGUUGUUACUUCAACCCGACUAUCAAUAUGAAUAUAUUCGUCUGGAUGAGUCCCUCGAGUUUCUUACACGUGAUCACGUCUGGAUUUGGUUGCAGGAUUUACUACUGCUCCUACCAAUGAAAAGGGACGCUAUCCUGGCAUGGCUACAAGAAAAACAUUCUCAGAACGAAGGGGAUGCAAUCGUCCUUUUGGAACAGCUUGAAAAAUUAGAAUUCCUCACUCAAAAUAUGGACCUGCACCCCAACGGAGAUUAUUCCAAAUUCGAAUCAACACCAUCCUCACCUUCAAAAAAGGGAUUCGCCACAGGCUUUUUAGGUCGAUGGAAUACAACCACACCCAGUGCUCAAUUAAUCAAGAAAUCAGAAAUGGAAAUGAUGGCGGCGGACACUGCGUAUCGUGCAGCGGUGGGAAAAGUUGAAAAAAUGCGUACUCAGGUCGAACAAGUCUUGUUUGUGCAUUAUGAAGAAAUGCAAAGUCUGGAAUUGGAGCGCAUUGCAACCAUCAAACAAGUCUUUAUCAGUGUCGCUGCUUCGCUAUCUAAUACCAUUCCUCGUUGUAAAGAAACAUUUGAUAACAUGAUGUUGUAUCAAGAAACAUUGGAGCCUGACAAGGAUGUUCAGUUUAUUGUGGAGCAGUAUAGGACAGGUCAAUACAAUCCCAGACCCAUUCUUUAUGAGAAUCAUUUCCAUGGCAACACAGCAGAUCAGCUUUUCGGUGUACAUUUAGAGGAAAUUACCAGAGCACAACCUUCAUUGGUACCACCAUUAGUAUCGCAAGGACUGUCUGUCAUUGAAUCAGGCUUUUCAAGGUUGUAUGACGAGGAAAAGAGCUUGGUGUGGACAACAAGUGUUCCAUUGGACAGAGUGCAUGCAGCAAGAGAAGAAAUCAAUCAUUGUACAGUAGAUAAAACUGCCCUAGAAAAAUAUGACGUCCUCUUACUAGCUUCUCUCAUUCGUCUUUAUCUCAUGGAGUUACCAGAGUGUUUAUUUACCUUUGAGCUCUAUGAACCCUUUAAACUCAUCUAUGCCAACCAAGGCCAGCAGGAUAAGGACACUCGGUUGUGCUCCAUCAGUAAAUUACUAGCAACUUUACCCACAUGCAAUUACAAGACAGUCAUGAUAUUACUGGGCCAUUUUUAUAGGCUGGUGAAAGAACUGGAUAAUCAUGCACUCGCCACAUCACUAGCAAAGUCAUUUAGCUAUAUCUUACUGCGGCCCAAGAUCGAAACCAAAAUCAGUGCUCAUGAACGUCAUGCACAGCGAUUGCUACAAGACCUAAUUGAAAACUAUGAGGUCAUUUUCACAGCCGAAGCCAGUAAAGCGCAAGAAGAGAAUUCAAGUCGACCUUCUAUUAUCAUCAAUGCUACUGAUACGGGUGAAAAGAAAUCAUCAAGUUCAUUGGAUGAAACUGUGGUAAGUACACGAACUAGCUCUUCUUCUAGUACACGACGUUCUUCUAUACUGUCAUUUAUGCGCACCAGUCAAUCAACACCGACUUCAUCUAUCUCUAUCAAACGUACAAAUAUUCCCAUCAUACCCUCUUCGUCGACCUUGUUUGAGGAUCCCGAUGAACUUAUCUCUUCGGAAUCUUCCAUCUUGAUUCAUACACCCCCUUCUUAUACCUCCACAUCGCAUCCUCAUCAACACAAAAAAGAGCAUUAUAUCAUGGAUGAUUUAGCCAGUCUCGAUUCUUUUUUUGAAGAUGAAGAUGAUUAAAAAAAAAUAUUUCAUACUAAACCUCACAUUUUUUUUUAAAAAAAAAUAAAAUACAUAUUAGCUAUAUUUUUUAUUGUA